GGGAAAAAGCCGGUCGCUGGAGGGGAACCAAGAAGAAAGGGAGGGAGCCGGACACGGAAGUGGUGGCAGCGCCUGCGGAGCUGGUGGAAAAAGGUCCUAGCGCCGAGGGUGAGAGCUUACAUAAAGGCGUCUGCCUUGUAGGACCUACAUGAGGUGUAGGAGUGGCUGGGCCUCCCUUCUCCACCUCAGCUAGCACCCGGAGUGAUGGCGAUGACGAUGGCGGCAGUUACUCGGACAGCCCCAAUUAAACUGCGUUCGGAAGGAUACAUCCAGAACGUGCCCAGAAGAAACUUCCUGCCAGAAAAACUGAAAAAGCAGUAUUUAUAACAUUGGGAUUUGUGGAUAAUUUGUUAAAAUGGCAGAAAGUAGUGAAAACAAUUGUAAAAAUGUAGAUGUAAGGCCCAAAACUAGUCGGAGUAGAAGUGCUGACAGAAAGGACGGUUAUGUGUGGAGUGGAAAGAAGUUAUCUUGGUCAAAAAAGAGUGAAAGUUAUUCUGAUGCGGAAAUUGUGAAUGCUGUAGAGAAAACUGAAGUUCCUCUAAGGAGCCGAGAACGGAAGCACAGCUGCUCAUCCAUCGAGUUGGAUUUAGACCAUUCUUGUGGGCAUAGAUUUUUAGGCCGAUCUCUUAAACAAAAACUGCAGGAUGCUGUUGGGCAGUGUUUUCCCAUAAAAAAUUGUAGUAGUCGACACUCUUCAGGGCUUCCAUCUAAAAGAAAAAUUCAUAUCAGUGAACUCAUGCUAGAUAAGUGUCCUUUCCCACCUCGAUCAGAUUUAGCCUUUAGGUGGCAUUUUAUUAAACAACACACUGCUCCUAUAAGUCCCAAAUCAGAUGACUGGAUAGCCACAGACUUGUCUCAGAGUGAAUUGAGGGAUGGUCAGCUAAAACAAAGAAACGUGGAAGAAGAGAGAAACUGUUUCUCACAUACCAAUGUUCAGCCCUGUGUCAUAACCACCAACAGUGCUUCGUGUAGAAGUGGUCCUGUCACUGGCUCUUUGAUGAACCUUAUUUCAAAUAAUAGUAUAGAAGAUAGUGAUAUGGAUUCAGAUGAUGAAAUUAUAACACUUUGCACAAGUUCCAGAAAAAGAAACAAACCCAAAUGGGAAAUGGAUGAAGAAAUCCUGCAGUUGGAAACACCUCCUAAGUAUCAUACCCAGAUUGAUUAUGUCCACUGUCUUGUACCAGACCUCCUUCAGAUCAAUAACAAUCCAUGUUAUUGGGGAGUUAUGGAUAAAUAUGCAGCUGAAGCUCUACUAGAAGGAAAACCAGAGGGUACCUUUUUACUUCGAGACUCAGCACAGGAAGACUAUUUAUUCUCUGUUAGUUUUAGACGCUAUAGUCGUUCUCUUCAUGCUAGAAUUGAACAAUGGAAUCACAACUUUAGCUUUGAUGCACAUGAUCCUUGUGUCUUCCAUUCUCCUGACAUUACUGGGCUCCUAGAACAUUAUAAGGACCCAAGUGCCUGUAUGUUCUUUGAACCACUUUUAUCCACUCCUUUAAUUCGGACUUUCCCCUUCUCCCUGCAACAUAUAUGCAGAACAGUUAUUUGUAACUGUACAACUUAUGAUGGCAUUGAUGCCCUUCCAAUUCCUUCUUCUAUGAAAUUAUAUCUGAAGGAAUAUCACUAUAAAUCAAAAGUCAGAGUACUUAGGAUUGAUGCACCAGAACAACGAUGCUAGGAAAGGCUAGGAACACGGGGAUGAUUGCAUACAUAUUUUCAGUUAAUAUUUUAUUUUUCUUAUUAUGCCACUUUGAAUUUUUCUACAAGGGCAGUUAAGUCUGAAAUAAACUUCUGCCCUAAAUUUUACUUCCAGAUUAGUUUAUUUUUCUUAUGAUACACUAAUUGUUUAAGGUUACAUUCUAGGAGUUAAUGGAUAUUUAUGGCCAGGUGUUUAGUUUUUUAUUUUACCAUGUAGAUUGUAUACUUUCCUUUUCUUAAUUGUAAUUUGCAUAUGCUCCAGGGAUAUUUGUUAUUUGGUAGGCGCUGCAAACACAGUUAAAUAAUCUAUUUCAUACCUUGCUUUAAAAAUAAUCCUCUGUCCUUUCAUACCUGUAAAAUGCUUUCUUAGCCUAUGUCAUUGGUAUUUCUGCACAUAUUAAAUAGUUUCCCCAGUCCCUCCUACAGAGUUGCUUUAAAUAUAUUCAAUAAGCUGAGUGUUCACCAUCCAUACUAAUGUAACUGACUUUUGUAAUUUACUGAUUGGGAUAUCAAAGGUGAUAUGAUAACUUAAAAUCAAACUUGAUAUGUUUUCAUUUUAAAUAUUACUUAUAAAUCUGGAGUACUAAAUUUGAAUGAACAAAUGAAAAUGUGAUAUUUUAGAGGUGAACUUAUUCUACUGUGCGGUAUGGUUAUUUGUUCUUGAACAGAACUUCCUCUCAACCUGGAAGAAUUACCAUCUUCAGAACAUAAAUAUUGUUCCUUUCUCACUGGACACUUUAAAAGAAAUGAUAAUAUUAUUUGUAACUAGUAUUUACUAAAGUACUUAAGCAACUGUAGGGUUUUUCUGUAUUUAUGACUAUUGCUUCUACUUAGCCCUUUUAUAGAAACUGAGCCUGUUAACUUUGGGCCAUACUGCAGUUUAUUAACAGCUACAAAUUUCCAUUGGUAACCAAAGAAUACCUAAGUAGUUUUCACUAUUUUAAAUUGAGCUUAAAUAAAGAUUCAAGAAGUUAAAUGUAGAGUUCAGUAUUCAGGAAGCUUAAUACUGUUUUUAAUCUUAAGGUUUCAAAUAAUCGUACCUUCAGAAUUAAUGUGUCUUUGUGACUCAAAAAAAAAACAUUUUGAGGGCUAUAUGACUUAAUGCCAUACUGAAUAUAGUACCAGGCACCCAGUAUAAUAUUUUCAAUUUACUAUACCAACAACGGGGAAGCAUUUAUAGAAACAUCAUUAUCCCAAUACUAAAGUAAAUCGAGUGAUACCUUUACAACUCCUUUUUUAAAGAAUCAAUGAAUAAUGAAUUUUCUAGAUGGUCGUUUCUUUUGGUAAACUGUUCACCCCUUUGUACAAAUUGGCAUUUUUAAUAUAGUAAAUUGAGUUACUGAUGCUACUUUAGCUCUAGUAGGAUGCUGUUUUUACUUGGAUUGAAAGACAUGUGACUCAAAUUUUCAAGUUAGAAGAGAUGUCUCUUGAAGUAUCAUUGCUUUUAUGUUGAAGUAGCAUUUCACUUUACUCCAGUUCUGCUGUUAACAUAAAGAUGGCAUAUUUCAGUAACAUUUAAAAUGAAUUUUCAGCAAUUAUCACAAAAUUAAACCAAGAAAAUCCUUACCUUUAUCUUCUAGCAUUUUUUUUUUCUCAGUGAUCUCACGAUUGUCUUGGUACCAGUGAGGGGUAACUACUCAAAUGGCACCUCUCUUUGCAGUGAUGAGGCUCAGGAUAUCAUAACACCAGUAUCAGGGUAAAUAUCUCUUCUAAAGAUAUUUCCCUUUUACAAAAAUAGAAAAGUUUCAUACUACCUCAUCUUUAUUGUGACGCUUUUGUAGAUCACUGAGAAGCUUAUCUUAUUAAUCAAUAUAACACUAAAUAUCCAUCUUUGGUGAAAGAAAAUUAAUAGUAUGGUAAGACUCUACCCACGAUUAUAGGUUUUUUAUCAGAAUUUGAUAAUGAAACUUUCUGUUUCUGUGAAACAAUUAUUUUAAAUAUUUUUCUUUUAAAAAUAAUUUUUUAUCAGCACAGAAAAACCCAAGGAUGACUAGCUAAUGAAUAUUCUAUUAAAGGGUAAUUUUAUAAAGAGAAAUGAAAUAGAAUUAUGUUGUCUUUUAUAAUGAUAAAAAUUAGUGUUUAUAUGAAAACCAUGAUCUAAGUAGCUUUUCAUAUAUUCAAACUGGUUGCUUGUGAUAUAUAUUCUCUGGCUUUCUUAUUUUUUCAAGGUAUUAAUAGCUGUUAACAUUUUCAAAGUACUGUCAUAUAUAUAGCAUUGAAGUAAGUAUAUAUCUAAUAAAAGAGCAAGGAAGACUCAUUUACUCUGAAAUUGUAUUUUUCCUUUGGUAUUUGCUAAAGUGAAAAGAAAUGGAAUGUAGAAAUAUAAAGACUUGGGAAGGGAAUUGUUUACCAUGAAAGAAAAAGAAAAAAGAGUAAUAAUAAAUAAAAUUUUUAAAGCAUUUAGGGAUUGAAAUUUUAAAAGGUUAACCCAUUUCUGAGUGACUUUGUGAAGACACAUUUGGAAGAGAAUCUAGUAUUAAGAGACUAGUAUCUUUAUAAAAAUUAUAAGAAAUGUGAUUAUUGGAAUAUUCAAGUAAAAUAAGUAAGUUUUGAGAGGUACAAUUAGGGAAGAUAUAAAUAUAUCUAAAUAUAAAUUUUGUAACUCUAAUUUGGACAUCGGGAGCAUUUGAAAAGUGUAAAUUCCAGAGUCAAAAAUGCAUUCAGCAUGGUGGAAAUGUGUAGUGUUUACUGGCUAGAAAGGAUGGGGCUGAAAGAAACAAGAUAAAAUAUUAAAAUUAAGAAUGUAGGCAUUACCUCAGGGAAAAGCCUUGACAGUGAAGGGAACUACUUAAUCGCUAAUAGCUAGUCUGGACCAGACACUUAACUGCUUUGGGAAUCAUCCUGCACUAAUCAAGAAAUAAACUUGACUUUUAUAUUUCUCUGUGAAGCUUUUCAGGACAUACCCCACCUCCUCUUGCCUUUUUUUUUUUUUUAAGCUACAGCAUCUUGAUUCAUACUGCCAUUCCUGAAAUACCCCAAAUGGAUUUUUUUUAGGAUCCUUGAGUGUUUUUGUAUGAAGAAUCAUGUGAUCUUUCUAAAACCAUGUCAUUCAGUUAAAUAAUUCAUAGAGGGAAUGGUUUAAUUUAAAGGAGGCCCUAAUAGGAAGAAGAUUAAAGGAAGCUUUUAGUCAGCCUGUGGCUAGAUUUAUUGAUUUAGUGAUCAGACCUGUGUUCUUUCCUGAAUUUCAGCUAAUGGCAAACUGUGGUCAAAGAAUGGCUUUCAGCAAAGUUUUGACUUAUAAAUAAUAUAAAGAAUGUCUUAGUAAUUAGAAAUCCUUUAAAGAGCAAA